AUGCCUGCUCCCGCUGGAACCAAGCGCGUGCGCGGGGUUCAAAUCUAUCGUCCCUUCAUCUACGGCACCGAAGCAAUUCCCUUCGACCCUGAAAAUCGUCCAAGGGACGCGCCACCCGAUCAUACACACAAGUGGAAAGUUUUCGUCCGCGGGAUCAACAAUGAAGACAUUUCAUACUGGCUACGAAAAGUGCAGUUCAAACUCCACGACACCUACGCUAAUAGUGUUCGCAUGAUCGAGAGUCCCCCGUUCGAGGUGGAAGAGACGGGCUGGGGCGAGUUUGAGAUCGCCAUCAAGUUCUACUUUGUGCCUGAGAGUACGGAGAAACCGCAGCAGAUCUGGCACGGACUGAAAUUACACCCAUACUACGGGGACAUUGAACAGCAGAAGAAGGACAGGUCAUUGAUCAGCAGCGUCUGUUAUGAAGAGGUGCUCUUCAACGAACCCGUGGAGGCUUUUUACGAGAUCCUGACCGGAGGUGCUCAAGUGGGCAAGUCAAAGGCUGGAAAGGCUGGAAAGGCUGGAAAGGGGUCCAUUAAGGCGCCGCCCACCGCUGAGAUUCCCAUGAAAAAUUCUCCAGGCAACAAAUUUAGCAAAGAAGAAGAAAGUAAGGAGCUGGAUCGUCUGGGAGAAGCCGUCAAGCAAGUUCAGAGAUUGAUCGCGGAAGAGAAAGCAAAACUUACGAAAGAAGAGGCAAGACUCCAAGAGCUGGAGAAGACUGAGGGCAAGCCCUUGAAGAAGAAAUGA